AUGUUGUUAUACCAGGGGAGAAUAUACAUUCCUAAUGAUGUUGAUUUAAAGCAGAUCAUCUUACAGGAAGCACAUGAUUCACCAUUUUCCAUGCAUCCUGGUGAGACUAAGAUGUAUAGAACUGUAAAAGAACACUACUGGUGGAGAGGAAUGAAGAAAGACAUUACUAAAUUUGUGGCAAAAUGCCUAAUUUGUCAGCAAGUGAAAGCAGAGCACCAAGUGCUAGUAGGAUUAUUACAGCCAUUGCCUAUUCUAGAGUGGAAAAGGGAAAGGAUUACGAUGGAUUUUAUGAUUGAGGAGAAAAUCAGAAUCAUUCGGGACAGACUAAAAGCUGCAUCUAAAUGGCAAAAGUCCUAUGUGGAUUUGAAGAGACAGGACAUCGAGUAUAAUGUGGGAGAUAAUGUGUUUUUAAAGGUUUUCCCAUGGAAAAAGAUCAUGAGAUUUGGAAGAAAAGAGAAAUUGAGUCCUUGCUUCAUAGGUUCAUAUGAGAUUCUGGGAAGAGUGAGUCCAUUGGCAUAUAGACUAGCCUUACCCCUAGAGUUUGAUAGAAUUCAUAAUGUGUUUUAUGUGUCCAUGCUUCGAAGGUAUAGGUUAGAUCCAUCACACAUAUUGCCAUUACAGUCUAUUGAAGUCAGUCCAGGUCUUGCCUAUGAUGAAAAACCAAUGGCUAUUCUAGCAAAGGAGACCAAGCAGUUGAGAAACAAGCAAAUUCCUCUGGUGAGGGUAUUAUGGAGGAACCAUUCCAAAGAAGAAGCCACAUGGGAACGUGAGGAGGAUAUGAGGAGGCAACAUCCAUAUAUGUUCAGAGAUUGA